UGCAUCAAUCCAGUUCCAACUUGGCCACAUAUUCACAAUAAAAUAAACACAACUUGUGACACUGCCAAACCACCAAUGUCGUUAUUUAUAUAUGCGUUAUUUCGUCUUGUAUGCAGUUAAAAUGGAACCUUCCUUCCUGUAGGAGAGACGACACAAUUAUUAUUAUUCUUUUCUCAAGUGUACAAUAACCAGUUGAAAAUAUGGAUUUUUCCUGUGCGACGAAAUACUUGAGACUUUUGAGAGUCUUGUCCCCCUUUAAAAAGGCAGAAUUGUCGCUCAAAAUUUUUUGAUUUCUCGCAGUUUUACGCGCAUCAAUAAAGUUCUUCAUAAAUCAGUGAAAGCUGUAAAACCGACCGAAGGAAAACAAUAACUCAUCGAAAAAAUCUCAAGCUGCAAAAUCUUUUAUUUUCCUAUUUUUUCUCAGUCACCACAAAUAAGAAUAAAAUUGUGCCGCAGCAAAAAUGCAAGAUGAUCCAUGGAGUAGGAGGAAAACUGUUAAAAUCAUCGCAAUCCUGGAUAUGCUCCUCGCCGUGUUCUUGGUCUCAUAUGCAGUCGUUCGGCUGUUACAGUACGACUAUAAAGAUCAAAGCGUGGUCUACCUCAUUUCACGGAAUGAACAUAUCUUUAUCUCACUGCUCUACUGGAUUGUCAAUUUUGGAUUUUUAAGUCUCCAGCUGGUCAUCGCGUUCCUCCUUUUAACCGCAACGAUGGAUAUGACCACUGAUCCAGAAAUCAUGAUAGGGAAAUGCAUGUGGUGGAGGAUUUUGAGCAUAAUAUUUUUCAUAAUGCUCUCCGUCGAUUUUAUCGUGCUACUUUAUGAACCCAUUUUCAACGACAUUUCGCUCAAGAUAUUUCAAAUCGUGUUGGACCUUUUGGAAAUAAUUUUUCGGGGUUACGGGAUUUUCUUUGUGGGGAGAUUUAUUCACGAUCUCAAAAGUUUGUUUGACUCUCCGAUGGUGCAAUAUGACGAUGACGGGGUUCCAAUUCCACCCUCGCCGGAGUUAUCGUCGAAAAGGUGGAGUAACUAUUUUGUGUGAUUUUAAAUAAAUGUGUUAUUAACGUAUUUUUUUGUAUGAAAUAAAAUUCGAAUAGUGGUCGUAAA